UUUUUCACAAUCUCUUUUAAAACAAAUUAUACUAGUAAUAACGAAUCCUUAAUUGUUCAGACUUUCCCGGAAAAAGGGAAACAAACGUAAAUCCUCAAGAUUUCCCUGACCUUGUAGAUCUGCAAAAUCUUGUUCAUCGAUUGGGGGUUGUGGAUGGUGGAUUUGAGAUGCAGAUGGGGCGGGAGAGAGAGACGCGCUAUGAGAGAAACGGCAAUUACGUAGAUCAUCGUCUUCACGGAUAUCGAGAGCAGAGUCCUCCGAAGCCUUCUUCAUUUUCAACCGGUGCGGGUUUUAUCGAACACCGUGUAUCCAAAUAUGACACACCCGUCGGCAUCGCAAUCAAAUAUGGUGUCGAGGUGUCUGACAUAAGAAGGAUUAAUGGCCUGGUUACGGAUCGUCAGAUGUUUGCAUUCGAGUCACUUAAGAUUCCACUACCAGGAAGGCAUCCGCCUUCUUCUUGCUUGACAAAUACCUCUUCUAUUCCAGGACAGAAUACUGACAGGAUCUCAGACUGCCAUUUGCACUGUAAGCCAUUUGAUUCAUUCCAGUUCUUCAAUUCAAAAUCUCCCCAGCGAAAAGUAUCCCCUGCAAUGAGCACUUUACAAGGAUAUUAUGGGCUUAAACCACCAGGUCAGGAUAUUACAUGUGAAGGUUGUGAAAUGAAAACAUACAGUAAAGGAGAUCCUCUUCUUCAGGAAGAUGGUUCGUACCUUUCGCCUUUCCCAGCCACUAACAAGCCUUUAAGCGAACAUCGCAAGUCGAAAAGCUUAGUCAAUGGCCUUCUGGAUCAGAAUGGUGGGUUUGCCGAAAAUGUGCCUGUUAUUGACGAUGGGGAAAAUGACUUUGAAAAAUCAAAUGAAAAAUUGGUGAGAAGACGUCAGAAAUCCGAAGCUGAUUUUUCUCGCACGCCAGAAGUGCUACUGAAGGAUGAAAAUGGCAACGCGGGUGGGUUUUCAAUGAUAAAAGGAAAAGGUUUAGCCCAGAGACAGAGAGCAUCCAGCAGAACUGCUCUAACAUCUGAUGCUGAAUUAGGUGGGAUGAACUCAAUCCCAUUUGUUAACACCGACUCUCAUGUGGGCAAUGGAUUUUCUAGAGUCCGGAAGUCCUCGAGCACACCGAGCUUGCAGGAUCAGGAGAAUGGCGGUUCAUCAUCUAUCUGGCCAACGUCCAACUGGAACAUGAAAUCAGAUUGUCAAGCCCGUUCCAUUGCACCAGCUCCAAGACCAAAUUCAACAAAUUGGAAAAAAACUGCAGUUGAUUAGCUCAGGUUCUACCAUCACUCUUAUUUGACUCAAUCAGUUUUGAUAUUUAUAAUUUCAGGCCUUCAAUCGCUAGCUGUUCAGAGAUUAAAUAGUGGUGAAGGAAACAGGGAAAAAAAGGUCAGAUUAGUACAAUAGAAAGAGAGAACAUAAUUUUUUUGGCAAAGCACAAGAGGAAAGUCCAGAUACAUGUAACUUAUAUAACUGUUUACUAUUUAUUCACAUACAUAUGAAUUUUUCCUGGGAUUUUGACAUGGAUGAUAUUCUUCUCUUCCCUCAGACUGAUGAAAGACAUUGGAAAACUACAAUAUUUAGGAAUGAGCAUAUCACUGUAUGUAUUUAGCCCCAAAUAUAUGCAUGUUUAGUUCUAGUGUACUACUGGUCUUUCAUGUCACUGUUAUGUUAAUGUACAUUCUGAUCUGAGUGUUUGUGUAUCAAUACAUUGCUAGUUUCAGAA